CGUCGUGUCAGCCUCGUGUUCCAGUGACGUCAUUCCACGACUUGCUGCACCAGCUGCACACGUUGUAGAUGAUUCGCUGUGCCUACCUCGUUCACAUACAAUCGGGCCUACUUUUGUGAACCACGGUUCCUUCUCUUCUACAGGUUCAACAUUGCACACCGCUGUGCUCGCUUAUCUUCCCAAGAUCUUCAUCCACCGAGGGUAUCACAUUCCACAUGGACGCCUUUUAUGCAUACACCUAUGGAUCGGCAGCAUGGUUGGGGCUACAGGCCUUGCCAUUGAUUAUCAUGCCUAAGAUGAUUAUCACCAUGCUAGCCACCGAUCUGCACAUGACCACAGAUGUUGAGGUGUACUUCAGCCGCUCGUUGGGUUUCGCACUGGUGCUGCUUGCGUUGAUCAUCAUGUUCUUCACGGGCUCCGUGCCGCUGUCGUCAAGCAUCAGUCAACCUGUCAGUCUGGAGGACAGUGAGCCCAAAGCUCCAUACGCGGUGCCCAUAGUGCGCAUCACUAUGUUCUUCCAUGCAUUGAGCAUGAUAUACUGCUACAUGCGUUGGGUGAACUAUCGACAAACGGGCUACGUACUUGGAGCAGUUGGAUACGGGGCCAUGGCAUGUUUGGGAUUAUGGUGUCUGGUUUUUGGAACGUCGGCAGGAAGGAUAUCGAAACGUACAGGCGCGGACAAGAGAACGGCAGGAUUUCCAUUCAAGAACUCCUCCGCAUAUGACAAGAAGAAGGAUAGGAAAAUGGGUUGAAGGAGUGUACAGUCAUCAUGCUGCGGAAUCCAGAGACACGCUAUUCAUGUAGACUCGGUGGGUGGAUGGGGGAGACAGCCAUAUCAGUAUCAGCACAGUCAGCCUCACAGCGAAACAACAAUCCGUCCAGACAUUGUUGAAUCACAAGGAUAACAUUAUUG